UUCCAAUGUCAAUGUCAAAUCGUUAGAUCAUUCAUAUUGUCAAUCACUACGUCAGUGUCGUUUUUAGGUUUGCGGAGAUAUUGUACGCAAACUUCUUUCUGAAAAUAAAUUCCCAUUUACACAUAUUCUCUACGUUUCUUAAACGUUGUAGUGGAUUUCAUGCUUUAGACAGCAAAAUACUCAAAUAUGCCUCUGACGGCAAGACAACGGAGUAUUCACAAUAAAAAUGGAGCUAAAAGGGCGACUAGUUUUAGCAAAGGAAAGCGAAAAGCGAACGAAGGGGAGUUCCUAGUAACAAAUGCUCCAUCUGACCUGCGGAGUAUAGCAUACCCAGGUGGUGCGGUAGCACUCGGACUGCUGCUAACUGCCCGUAUUGUGUCCGCAUACUGGGGACACAUUGCUGAUUGUGAUGAGACUUAUAAUUACUGGGAGCCAUUACAUUAUUUAGUGUACGGCAGUGGUCUUCAAACCUGGGAAUACAGUCCAGACUAUGCGAUACGAUCGUAUACGCCACUAUGGUUGUUUGCGGUACCUGCCAAGAUACUGUCUUGGUUCAUGAGUCCCGUGUCCGUAUUCUAUGCUCUACGGAUUGUGUUGGCUGUGCUCUCUGCUUGCGCUGAGCUUAUGUUUUACAAAGCUAUAUGCCAUGAGUUCGGUGUUCACGUAGGUAGAGUAUGGUUGGGCAUGACAUUGCCCGCAGCGGGCAUGUUUGCAUGCAGCGCUGCCAUGUUGCCCUCCGCGUGGAGCGCCGCCCUCGCCAGUGCUGCCCUCGCUUGCUGGUGGCGACGAAGAUACCCUACUGCUAUAUUCUUAACUGCCGUCUCUGCUUUGCUUAGUUGGCCGUUCACAGCUUUAUUAGGCAUACCAAUAGCCAUUGACAUGAUUAUAAUGAAGAGACAAAUAAUUGACUUUAUAAAAUGGUCCGUGAUAUCCUUAAUAGUUAUAAUAGUGCCAACUGUCUUAGUUGAUUCGUGGCACUAUGGGAGAUUGGUGGUCGCUCCAUGGAAUAUAGUUGCCUACAAUAUAUUGACUGAACACGGACCUGAUUUGUACGGAGUGGAGCCAUGGACUUAUUAUUUUGUUAACGGAUUCUUGAACUUCAAUAUCGUUUGGGUGCUAUGCCUCUCAUGUCCAGUGUUUCUACUGGCUUGCACGGCGGUGGCGGGGCGCAGUACGGCGCGGGCCGCCUUCUGUGCCCCCUACUGGCUCGACCUACUGCCCCUGGUUCUAUGGUUGGCUGUCUUCAUGUUACAACCCCAUAAAGAAGAGAGAUUCCUCUACCCAGCCUACAGUAUGAUAAUCCUAGCCGGCGCGAUAGCCCUGGACUGCCUACAAAAGCUGACGUUCGCUGUAGGCACCGAACUGUUUCGCUGGAGGAGGGAGCGAGAGAGACGACACUAUCUCGCUUACACCGGCCCUCUAAUGGUCAUGUGUGUGCUCAUUGCGGGAUUGGCUGGUCUGUCCCGCAUAGCAGCUCUAUAUACAAACUACCAUGGUCCUAUGAGGAUACUCCGAGACCUGCCCCAAGCUCCUGAAGAAGCAGACCUAACAGUCUGCUUCGGUAAGGAGUGGCAUCGUUCCCCAUCCAGCUUCCAUCUACCUGAAGGGUACAAUGUCAGGUUCAUACCCAGCGAGUUCAAUGGACAACUGCCUGCACCUUAUGCGGAUAGCCAUAACGCAACGAGACUCAUCCACCCACAUUUCAACGAUCUUAAUAAAGGGGACAACAGGACUUAUGUAAAACCUAAGGAAUGUCACUAUCUAGUAGACUCUAGCAUCGGUCGACCAUCCACACUUGAACCCGCUUACCAUAAAGACUCCUCCACAUGGGAGGUCAUCUCCAGUGUUACCAUACUCGACGCCAAAAAAUCCCAUCAAGUGUUCAGAGCGUUUUACGUGCCAGUGUUGUCAAGUAAAAAAAAUGUUUACGCGAAUAUGUAUCUCUUGAAGAAUAAGGUGCUGUUUUAGUUUGAAUUUAUAAGUUCCUUUUUUAAUUAUUUCUACUCGAGAAAUAUCUAUAUCGUUGUAGAUGGCGCUGGGGUAGGUAAAUUUCACGGCCUUUAUACAGUAAAUGUUGUUUUGUUGACUUUUUCUAACUAAUCUGUAGCCCUAGUUUUAUUUUCUGAGACUGGCGAAGGCAAAUAAAUAAUAAUACUUAUAAUAUCUCGGUACACAAGGGCCUGGUGUCCGCUUUACGCAUUUUCAACCCUAAAAGUACUUACUUACUACCACAGUAGCUACGGAUAAAUAUAAAUGUAUAUACAAUGUUCUACACUACACUGCCAUCUAGGAAUCAAGACGAAUUAAUGUUUACUUAGACUCUCUAAUUUUUAGUACACCAUUAAUUUGAAUUUGAAUUCUGCUUCUAAGCAAUUCAACAAAUCAUUCAAUUCAAAUUCAAAUCACGAAAAGGAUAUUGAUAAGAGUGACUAAAUAUAGAGAAAUGCAAAUAUACCAAUGAUGUAUAAAAC